CGCAGUGGUGGCGGUCCGCGCGCUGCUGCCGGGUGAGUCGCACGCCGCAAUUGAGCGCUUCCGUUAGCACGCGUCAAAUCUGUUUCCCCCACGCUGGCCCGUCAGCGCGAGUGCGCUGCCAGUCGCACGGCGUCGCCCUGCUGCCCGCGGCCAGUAGCGAGUACCCCGCUGGACUCCUCCAUGUCCGACGAACGCAGCGCGCCAGCCGAGCCCGGCCCGCGCCCGCCGCGCCACAAGAGCCCGGCGCGCCGGGCUUGCGGCGGAAUGCUCUCACACGCUUCCGGAUACCACCAGCAUCAGUCUGGCAUGGAGACAAACGUGACACUGUGGCAGUUCCUGCUGGAGUUGCUCAUUAGCAACCAGUACACGAGCAUCAUAGCGUGGACUAAUAACGAUGGAGAAUUCAAGCUGGUCAACGCGGAGGAGGUGGCGAGACUAUGGGGACUGCGCAAGAACAAGACCAACAUGAACUACGACAAGCUGAGCCGCGCUCUGCGCUACUAUUACGACAAGAACAUCAUCAAGAAGGUGCUCGGCCAGAAGUUCGUCUACAGAUUUGUAUCUUUUCCUGAAAUUGUGAAGAUGGAGAACAAGAUACCGUUCCGAGUAAAAAUGGAAAGCCUCCAGAAGACACCGCUGUUUACUGGAAGUUUCUACUACGGAGCCGCUGGCUUUAGUGCAUUUACAGGCAAUCCAGCAGUCGCCACCAUGGCCCCGUUUGCGUUCGCUCCGCCGCUGUUCGAGAUGUGGAAGAAGCUGCCGGUGGACGAGCGCACCAAGCGGCCCCAGCGGUCGCAGCGCGCGACGCUGGUGGAGCGUCCGCUGGCGACGCCGCUGCUGCCUCUGCGGCUGUGGAGUGGCGUGGGCGUGGGGCUGCCCUACACGCCCCUGCUGCCCUGCCCAGUGCCGCCGCCGCCCUCGCGCUCCACCAACACCCCGCCGCCCAUCUCCGUCAUACAGUGACCGUUCCUUCCUCGAUCCGACCCCACUCAUACUGUCUAGUCCUGUAAACAAGCUCGCUAUAAGCGGCCAUGUAUUUAUAGCUCAGAUUCGUUGCGAUGUUACUACUUAGUUUAUAUACCUACCGUCGUGUCUGUUGCGUUAGUGUAAUGUAGAUAUGUGUAUGUAAUUACAGUAAACAGCGCGUUGUUAUGUAUUGUUGCAAAAAAUUGUACCUAACUUGAAAAUAAAAAUAUUCGUGUGGUA